UGAACACCAAAAACACAACAUGGACAUACUACUCGACGCAGAACGCCACGCUUCCGUGCUUGAAUGACAAGAUGAUGGACAUGAACGAUACGCAUAUUACACUUAACCGAUCGUUUUACGAAGGAGGUCACUGGAACUCCACGGAACUCAUUUGGCGAUUUCAAAAUUUGGAAAAAAUCAAGGAAAAUACGUACAAUUGCAUGGUACACGAUGACAAAGACAGUCCGGACUUCGUGUACCAGUGCAUACGCUUUCUCAGUGAAAAAUUCGUCUGCGCCGUAAUGGAAUACACAGUGUAUCCAUACAAAGGAUUGCCACCCAAAGUCGGCUUAUUUGCUUCAUCAGCAACUUCAACGACAAUAUAUGGACAUGCCAAUAUUACAGUAACUAAAUGGCACGAGCUUCAGACUCAGGACCCUCCCCCGGAUAUGCCAGAUGAGAACCCAUGUGUAAAGCCUUUUAGCGAUCUCGCUAAAACAGGUCUCGUGCAAACGUUCUAUAGACCUCAAUGCCAGGAGAGACUAAGCCUAACUGCAACCAACGCUGGUUGAUGUUUUUAUUCUUGGCGUUUUUUUUCAAGAUUUUGAAAUGUGCAAAAUAAAAGAAAUA